AUGAGCGGCGGCAGCGGCGGCGGCGGCGGCGGCGGAAACGGCGGUGGCAACCAAGGCGGUAACGGCAAUGCUACGAGUUAUCAUCAGCACCAGCAGCAGCAGCAGCAACAACAGCAACAGCAACAACAGUCGCAGCUGGAACAGGCUGGUCUGUUGUCGGAUCUCAACGGUAUCGACCUGGCAAUGAGCCUGUCGCCGAAGCAGCAUUCGUCUCACGUACAAGCCGCCGGCGGUGCCCACACAACGCCAUUCAGCGUAACCGAUAUCCUGUCGCCGAUCGAGGAAUCUUACCGGAAGCUCGAACUAGCCGCCGCCGCUGCCGCUGUCGGUGUCGGUGUCGUCACGCAUUCCCAGGGCUCACCCUACGGGAACGCUUGCGGUGCCCGGUUUCCGUUGCCAACGGCGGUGCUCCCGGCGGCGGCGGUGCCGGAGGCGGCGGUAGUGCCGGCGGCACCGGCGGAGGCAUGA